UAUUUUGAAAGUUCUGGCGGAAGUUGCUAAAGAGACUACGGAUCCACUCCAAACAAAAACGGUCGGUGCUCCGCAGCAUCCAUCCUAUUUUUCACCGGGUUUGAAAAAACCCCAAAACCCUUUCUUAGCGUGAAAACGGGCGGGCCGUCGCUCCUCUGCUGAGUCCACAGUGUUUGUUAAUGUCGAUUUAAUUCGCGGUUCGGCGGCUGGUGUCGUUUCUCGGUGGCUGAACAUGACGAGCUAUACGGGGUUUCACUCUCAGCUGACGUCCAUCAUGGAGGCGCUGACCAAAGCAGCGGUGGCGGAGAUCUGCGAGCUGGUGGACGACAGCUACGCGGUGCUGCGGCUGGAGAUCACCCGCAGUCACAAGGAGAACGAGGCGCUGCGGAGGAAACUGGAGCUCAUUGAGUCCAUCAUCGCCCGGGGUCACCGGGGCAGCGCCGCCGUGCUGGAGGAGGAGGAGGAGGGCUGCGAGAGGCUGCUGGAUUUCACCCCGGAUCAUGCCUCGCCCGCUGGAGUCAGCGCCAAACAGCCGAAGGCGUCAAACCUCAGACGAUGUGGACGUGUCGCGGUGCUGGAGGUGACAGCGGAGGCGAGUCCUGCAAACGCAGAGGACGGUUCGACAGCAGCUGCAGAGGAGACAAACGAACAGAAUGUUGUUCUGAUAAAAGAGGAAACACCAAAAGAGGAAGCUGAAUCUGACCUCGCUACAACAGAUGAGCUGCUUAUCAGUGAGGACGGGACCGAGGUGCCGACGUCAGAGACGGAGGACAGUGAGCAGGGCGCGUCUCGGUUGAGGAUCUCAAACACAACCUGCGCCGACCUUCGGCCGUGGGACCAGAAUAAUAACGCGGUCUCAGAGCAACUCGCGCAUCACAAGUCCCGCAGCACGCCCGGUUCCCCGCGGCCCGCAGGGGGCGUCGAAAGCUGCUCCUCGGACAUCGUGUUUGACUUGGCGUCCGAGUUGGAAGACCGCGUUGUGUCUGUGGCUCACAGCAGGAAGUCGUUCCUGCUUGAGUCAGGAGGAAGUCCGGCCUCGCUGCCCGGGACCUCGGAGCUGAAGCGUGGCGUCUCCCUGAUUAGUUCACUGCCCUUUGACUCAGAGCUGGAUCUGUGCUCAUCAUGGACCAAUCAGGGCCUGCCGAGCAUGGUGCCCGUCCCUCACCGGCCGUACCUGAAACCGGACCAGCGUCCCACGCUCAUGGACAAACCGUCUGACUUAAAUGCCGGCGGUUUCCCUUUGGCGCUGGCGCUUGGUGGCUCCAGGCUGGACGCUCUAGAGCUCAACCGCUACAGCAGGGACCGCCGCUUCGUCUGCAGCUACUGCGGCAAGUGCUUCACGUCCUCCCGGAGUCUGGAGACGCACGUGCGCGUCCACACCGGUGAGCGGCCGUACAGCUGCGCUCAGUGCGGGAAGCGCUUCACACAGUCGGGUCACCUGAAGACGCACCAGAGCGUGCACACCGGGGAGCGGCCGUUCGCCUGCGAGCACUGCGGGAAGAGAUUCGCCGGGAAGCAGAACCUGAGGAUCCACCAGCAGAAGCACCAUCAAGGCAAGCAGGUGGUCGCGGCCUUUUAUGUUGCAGGAACCGUUUUCUCUUUUUUCUCUUGCCGACGGUUGAAAGUCCAAACAGGUUCCGCUCGCGGCACCAUUGCGCCCACCUUGCGGCUCCGUGUGGUCCGGUUCGGGUUCGGAUUCCGUUGGUUCGUCGGGAUGUCCGGUUUAAGCAGCAAAGCUCUCCACGAGCAGCUCUCCGUCAUCAUGGCCGCGCUGACCAAAGCGGCGGUGGCGGAGAUCUGCGAGGUGGUGGAUGAAGGCUAUGCGGUGCUGCAACUGGAGAUCACCCGGAGCCACAAGGAGAACGAGGACCUGAAGAAGAAGCUACACCUCAUCGAGUCAAUCGUGGUCCGGGGGAGCAGCGGGGGAGGAGGAGGAGGAGGGGAGGCUGCGGAUGCGGAGGGACCGGAGGUCUCACCGGCGGCGGAGGCUACGCAGCAGUCGGGAACAACGCAGCAGCAGCGGGAAGGUGACGGACGAGGAGCCGCGGCUGGAGCGGUGCGGGAGGAGCUUCCAGAAGUGGUGCUGAUUAAAGAUGAGGACUCGGACAGCAACGACGUCUUUGAGGAAGGUACUAAGUUAACAGCUGAUGGGGUGGCGCCUGCAGCCAGAGAGGGCAUCACAUCGACUCCCAUCAGCCGGCGCACAAAGCGGCGCUGGCGUGAAAGCUUGGAGUCCGAGAAUAGGUCAUCGUCUGAGCAGCUGGCACAGAAAACAUCCGACCUGACAGCAGGGACGCAGAAGACCGUGUCCGUCUACACUCUGGACUCUCCCGAUCGUGAGCCGGGGGGUUCCGAGCAGCUUGACGACGAGGUCGAGAUGGAACCUGGCGAAUCUGCCGGGUCGUACUCGUCACAGAUGGACCCCGGCAUUCAUCUGGUUCAGGAGUGCUCACUGGUUCCUUCGAACGCCAACAGGCCGGUUUAUUUUAGCAGCAGCGCUCUGAUCGAGUCUCCGUCAAACCAAGCAGACCUCGAUCUGACCGUCGACCCAGGGUGGCCCAAACAGUCAAAGGGUCAAAUUACUUUUACUGCGUUUCACCAAGACGGAAACACAGAUGGCGACGCCUUUGGACUGAAGGUGCUCAGCGUCUCCGGCUCGACCCCCACAGACUGCCAGCUGUCCGAAGCCAGCAGCUCUGCCUUCGAGUACGAAGACGGCGGCGAUGUCAUGAACUUUGCCCUAUACAGGGACCAGGCAGGGCGGCCGCAGCUCUGCAACGAGCAGCCGAGCGCAGGAGGCAGAGGGAAACGUUUCGCGUGCUCCCUCUGCAACAAGACGUACGCCACGUCGCAGAACCUGGAGGUCCACAUGCGCAUCCACACGGGCGAGAGGCCGUUCAGCUGUGAGCAGUGCGGCAAGAAGUUCACCCAGUCGGCUCACCUGAAGUCGCACCUGAGCGUUCACACGGGCGAGCGGCCGUACGCGUGCAGGCUCUGCUCCCGGAGCUUCAUCGUCAAAUAUAGCCUCAAGUUGCACAUGAAGAAGUGUCACCCAAACGUCCCGAGUCCUGCCUCGAGCCCGCGGUGUGGAUUGUUCUGCUUCAGAUACACGCACGCGCUGGAUUGGACAAUGUCCCCCGCGGCCACCUUCCACGCGCAGCUCGCCUCCAUCAUGGAGGUGCUGGCCAACACGGCCGUGGCGGAGAUCUGCGAGCUCGUGGACAGCGGCUACUCGGUGUUGCAGCUGGAGAUCUCGCGGAGUCGCAAAGAAAAUGAGGUGCUGCGGAGGAAACUGCGCCUAAUGGAGCUGCGGGCCGCCCGAGCGACCGCACUGCGAGCCGCGGUUACCGCCAGCGGCAGCGCGGUGCUCCACGCGAGCGGCCGCGCACGAGCCGAACUGAAGAGGAACGCGACCGCGACAGGUGAGGUAGUCUUGUCCAGAGUGUCCAAUCAGGCGAUGCCUCAGUGCAGAGACCACAACUCACCUGCAGAGCCGAGACAGGAAACCACACAGAGUACGCAGCCUGCAGAUGCUACCACAGCUGCUGUGAUCAAAGUGGAGGACGAUGACUGCGUAUCCUGGUCCCAGUCUGAGCCGGACAAAGGUUUCUGUCAUAAUGAAGAGGGACAGGUGGAGGCAGAAGCUGCAAUCAAACAGGAAGCAGCAAACGAUGGUGGCAUCUCGUGGACGAGCGGGGAAGUCAGCUCUACCUCCACCUCUGUCCAGAACACCCAGAGGUCAGAAACCAGCAGUUACGACUGUUUGAUAUUUGAGCCACAGCUUCAGCAUGGCUCCCACACCACCCAAAAUCCUCUGGGAGCGGAGGCCGGCUGCUCAUCGGCGUCCAAUUCAGGUGGCAGCUUCACAUUCCCACACAGCAAGGUGAGUCUGUCUGCAGCAGAGCGACCUGCAGGUUUCCAGAGCAGCCAGCAGAGGGCGGUGCCUGCAGACGAGCUUCCUGUUAGGAAGGAGACGCCAGGAGAACAUCGCUCCUUCAUCCGGAGGGGCGGGUGGAGACAGGAUGCCAUCAGCAGAGCGGCAAGCCACAGAGGCGAGGAUGGCGGGGGAAAGUCGUUCGUCUGUAACUGCUGCGGGAAAAAGCUCGCCUGCCUCAAGAACCUCAAAACCCACAUGAGGGUCCACACCGGCGAGAAACCGUUCGUCUGUGCGCUCUGCGGUAAACGCUUCUCAGACUCCAGCAACCUCAAACGCCACCAGAGCGUCCACACGGGCGAGAAACGCUACGGCUGCGUCCACUGCGGCAAACGUUUUGCCCAGUCGGGAUCGCUGAAGGUCCACAUGACCGUCCACACAGACUGCAAACAGUUCAGGUGUUCGUACUGCAACAAGACAUUCAUAUCAGGCAGCCACCUGCGGCGCCACAUCACUCUCCAUGCAGGAGAGAAACGGUUCGGCGCCGUGCAGUGACAGCUGGGAGAAGUGGCAUUGCAGAUAUCUGCAGUGAGGUAGUCUCACAAACACGUGACCUACUGUAAAAAUGUGUAUCGUGUAUGUUUGAACACAAAACAGAUGUUCUUGGAUCACCUGCAAACGUUUUCACGUGUUUCAUUGGAACAUAUGGCAGCAGACAGUGUGGCCGCCGGGGAUCGGCUCGAUUUCAAGCCACUGCUUCCAGUUUUAAUCAGACUUCUGAGUCGCUCUUAGUCUGGUCUUCUUCCCAGGUGAGGAGACACCUGGACAGAUUAGGUCUUAAUAUUAAUAAUAACUUUAUAUAGCACUCUUCACCAGGUAAGAACUAUGUACAUAAAACAACACAAUCGAUCAUACAGCACAAAUCUAGUUAAAAGCCAGUCUAAAUAAAUGAGUCUUUAGCUGCUGUUUAAAAGAAUAAAUACAAUCAAGGCAACGUAAAGAUGGAGGCAAAGCGCUCCACAUCCUGGGGGCCACCGCUCUGAGAUCUGACUCCCGUGGUCUUUAAAUGUGUUGGUGGGACUACCAACAUCCUUUGAUUAGAUGAUCUCAGGCUGCGAGAGGGAGCGUGGGGUUCUAAAAGACCGGAGAUGUCGGCAGCAGCGUCACGACGUUAGAAGUCAGCACUACGAGUUUGAACUGGAAGCCAGUAUACUGAGAAUUAAACUGGUGUAAUGUGCUGUCUUUUUGUUAAGAGCCUUGCAGCAGCAGGUUGGCUGGGGACAUCCUCAGUGUCCCCCCAGAAGAGCUGGAGGCAUCUGGUUCUCUGUCUAAACUUUGACCUUUGACCCAGGUAACAGAAGGAAGGCAAGAAAGGGCUUUGUGUCCAUCAGGUAUUUGUCUUGGGCGUCAAGGUUGUCAUGUUUAAUUAAAACUCAGCUUCAGUUAACUGUGUCCAUGCUUACUAACCUAAAACCAAAAUGUAAUCGUACUUUCAGUAGUUUCAGUCUUUGUAAAGUUGCUGAACCCAAAUAAAGCCCGAGGAGCUGUUGCACUUUGCCAGUAAAAACAAAGCAAAUCCACAAAAUCCAAAGCUAACAGCUCUGUUUGGAUAAAGAGGAUGGAUACUGAAGUGUGGUCACAUCUGCAGAGAAAGAACUGCUCAAAAGAUCCUGAACUGAACUCUAUGGAAAAAGGUAACAGCCAAUGAAACUUCCAUGAGGGGAAAAAGACUUGAAGUGUAGGGGCAACGUUUUUAGUGGAUGGUGGUGUUUGAUUUAAACUCAAAACUGUUUUAACAAGUGAAUCCAAAGUGGGCGCCACAGCCUCCUGCCUGGGAUGGGAACUCGUUUAAACUAAAUAAAUACAGUUUUGAAGCAAUUGUAUCUUAAAAUUUCCAUUAAACAUUUACAUUGAAGAAAACAUCCAUCCCACUGUCUCAUUUGAAGUUGGGUCAAAGUGGUAGCAAGCUCAGGAGGGCACCUGAGACUUUCCUAGACUUCUGUUUCUCCAGCAAUGGUUUCCAGCUCUUCCUGAGACGCUCCCAGGAUAAAUAUCAAGUGCAUUUCUGAUUUCCUCUGGAUCUAUCGUCACCCAUAUGGGAUUGGAAAUCCUCCAAGGGGAGGUGCCGAGGAGGCAUGCCGAUUGUGUCCUGAACCUCCUCAGAUGUAGGAACAGUAGAUCUAGGUGGAGCUCCUCACCUCCAUCUCUAAACUGCCGCCCAUGUGGGCCGAUGUGACGACCAGAGGUCGCCGACUGUUGAGUGAAGUUUAGAUACAACAGGCCAAGUAAACAAUAGUCUUUCCCUGAACUUGUAUGUGAGCGAUUAAAGAGACUACAGAUCCUGAGAGCAGCUCCAACACCUGAGCUUUCUGUGCGGCUUCCCCCAACAAUCCAAAGACGUUCAGUUAUUGGGGGAAUCUAAAGAGCCCAUAGCUGUGAAUGUCAAUGGUUCUCGGUGUCUCUGUGUUAGCUACGUGUCAGGUUGGUGAGCUUUCUGUGGCAGCUGGGAUAGGCUCCACCCUCUGAUAAGAAUAAGUGGAAGAGAACCUCUACUUCCUGUUUCAAAUUUCACUGGUCAUGGUGUCACCGGGCAGGGACCGAAAAUAAUCCUUCACAAGUCUUGUGGUUUUUCAGUAGCAGGUGUUUUAUACAACGUUCAUGUGUGAAACUAGCCUGCGGUUGUGUGAAGGUAACAAAUGUUUAUGACUGUACAUCGAGUUUCAUUGUGACUGACGUGUAACUGAAGAAACGUGAACGAACUUCCUUUUUCUUUUUUAUCAUUUUUAAUAAAAGCAGCUGCUAAAAUCAGAGCGCU